UCUAGUGUUUGAUCCCAUAUUGUGCACAUCGUUUUGCAGGUGAACCAUGCUCUAAUGGAGGAGAUUCAGGAGAUAAACCAACAGCUCAUAGACACAGAGCUCCAUGUCUCCAAGGAUGAUACCGAGUCAUCCGCUCUACAUCUGAGGGGGCUGAAGGGACAGUCAUUAUAUGCACGUUCACUGCUGUUUCUGUUAGCCCCAGCUUGAAAUCCAUGUUGGCUUGGGCACAGAUGAGCCUGAUUCCGCCGUUGAGGUUGCUUGUCCCUGCUGGCUACCCCAAAUGCUCCCCGGUGCUCCUAGACAAGUUUCCGGAUGAACAGAGCAGGAACUCGGACGACCUGUCUACAAAGGCCAAGUCAAAGUUCGGCAUAAUGCUCCGUGGUCGAGUAGAGCCCAUGUCACUGGGCGAAAUCGCAAGGGCAUGGGAUACCUGCGCCCGCAAAGUGAUCUCCGAGUAUGCCGAGCAGACUGGUGGAGGCAGUUUCAGCUCGAGAUACGGUUGCUGGGAAAGCUGCGUGGGCGCAUCAUGACUCCGGAAGACCUUGGCGACCGAGUACAUUUUAUUUAUCAUGACUAUCGUCAUACCAUAAGUAUUUAUGUGGUGAGAAACAAAAAAGAGAAGGGUUGUCUGCCUGUUGUAUACCUCCUUGAUAUCCUUUUGGUAUUGUCAGUCUCGAUUCUCGAACCCAAAUAUGAUUGUGUACAGGAUAGGACUGUGUAUGGAGCAAGCAGAGCGCUGUGCUUUUGUCGGGGAAGGGUUGAGGGUUGGAGGUGCACCAACGGUGCAAAUUUGUACCCAUAAUUUUGCCUAGUUAGGCUAGCAGUAUCAUGCGUAUAUAUGCUUGCCUUUCCUCCUUACAAAAGGAGACUCAUUGUGAUAGAUGUGACUUAUGGUUAUCAGCAUUCAGCAAACUAAA